UCAUCUGUGCUUUUUGUUUAAUUAUUUCUAGCUUUAUAGACUAUUUGAUCUGUGAGCCUCUUAAGUAAGCUUCCUAAUUCAAAGGCUCCAUUAAACAAUGACCUCUGACCCUAUCAYACACAUGGACAUAUUGAUCCGUGAACUCCUGCAGGAACAAACCGGCUAAAAGCUGCGCCAGUCACAGCUUACCAACACAUAAAAACAGAUGUUURAGUGUGAUUGAAAGCAAAGAAAGAGGAAGCACAGGUGCGCAGGGCUAACAGYGAGAAUCUGUUGUCUCUGCCUUUCAAGAUGGCGUUCACACUUUUAACCAUCCUGACAGCUGCCAUCAGCGCAUCCUAUUGCUUUCCUACAAUCUUUCAAGACCUGGAGCACAAUGGAGGAAACCGAACCUCCAUUAAGUUCCUGGCUAUAGGCGACUGGGGAGGGCUGCCGUACCCGCCGUACAUCACKGCUGUACAGAAGACUACGGCUGUGGAAAUGAGCAAAAUAGCAGAGCAGAUGGGAGCUGACUUUAUUCUGGCCCUGGGCGAUAACUUCUACUACAGAGGCGUGAACAGCGUGGAUUCCCCUCGGUUUCAGGAAACCUUCGAGGCCGUGUACACCUCCAAGUCCCUCAGGGUGCCUUGGUAUGUUAUCGCUGGCAAUCAUGACCACGCAGGAAAUGUCAAAGCUCAGAUAGAGUACACCAUGAAAUCUGACCGAUGGAGAUUCCCCUCCUACUACUACGAGCUGAACUACCGCAUCCCUAACACGGGGAAGACCCUGACCAUCAUCAUGCUCGACACGGUGAUGCUGUGCGGCAACUCCAACGACUUUGUGGACGAGAAGCCCAGAGGACCCCUGGUCGAAGCGGAGGCGAARCGCCAGCUGGCCUGGCUGCAGGAGCGACUGGCUCGGUCCAAAGCGGACUUCCUGCUGGUGGCGGGCCACUACCCGGUGUGGUCRGUGUCCGAGCACGGCCCCACGGAGUGUUUGCUCCAGGGCGUCCACCCUCUGCUCAUUAAAUACAACGUGACGGCGUACUUCUGCGGCCACGACCACAACCUGCAGUACCUGGAGGAGUUCGGCAUCGGCUACGUGGUGAGCGGCGCUGGCAACUUCCUGGAUCCCGACAUCCGUCACUGGAACCACGUCCCCAAAGGGUCUUUAAAGUUCUUCACGGGCCAGGCGUCGACGCUGGGAGGCUUCGUUCACGCCGAGGUCACCAAGGACCAGUUGAUCCUGACGUUCUUCCAGGCUAAAGGAACCUCUCUAUACCAGACCGUGCUGUCCCAGAGGAACGUCAGUUAGUCUGUUGGCAGCUGAAAGUUUCUUCUGUAUAAUCAAAUCUGUGAUCCCUCCUUUGACUCUUGACGUUUCAGUGCUUUGUGUUGUUUCAAAAUGAAUCAACUUUUACUGUCUUUAUUGUAAGAUAAAAUAAAUGUUUUGUAAUUAA